AAUACGAACGGCGCUACGUUGCUAACCAUUUUUAUUGGAGUUCCGCAUCUGGUCAAAUUGUGAACUGAAAUGGUUGACGAGGCGACGAAGAAAACGUUAAGUAGUAUUCCUCUUCUUAAAACAAAAGCUGGUCCUCGUGACAAAGACUUGUGGGUGCAGAGACUGAAAGAAGAAUAUCAAGCUUUAAUUCAGUAUGUGAAAAAUAACAAAGGUGCUGAUAAUGACUGGUUUCGAUUGGAAUCUAAUAAAGAAGGAACCAGAUGGUUUGGAAAGUGCUGGUACAUUCAUAACCUACUAAAAUAUGAAUUUGACGUGGAAUUUGACAUUCCAGUGACAUAUCCGACUACUGCUCCAGAAAUAGCACUUCCAGAACUUGAUGGGAAGACUGCAAAAAUGUACAGAGGUGGAAAGAUUUGCUUGACUGAUCACUUCAAACCAUUAUGGGCUCGUAAUGUGCCAAAAUUUGGCAUAGCUCAUGCUAUGGCAUUAGGACUUGGACCUUGGCUUGCUGUGGAAAUUCCAGACAUGAUUGAUAAAGGAGUUGUGUCACAUAAGGAAAAGACAGAAGGUGACUAUGCUACAUAAUAAUUGAAUAAUAAUUAAACCACCCAAAGACGAGAUGAACUUUGUUUGUGGUCUUCAGGAUCAACCUUGUGUUCUGAAGCAUUUGUAACCACCCAGAAGACUAAACCGCAUUAAAGCCCAGAAGGCAAUUAUCAAGAUCUUCAGUGUCAAAUGUUAUUAAAUUCUGGAUUGUGAUUGGGAUAUUGUAACUGUAAACUUCAGAAUUAUAAGUUCACUUUCUUAAGCUUAGUGCAUUAUUUAGGUUGUAAAGUUGUUAACCUUUAUCUUAUGAGUGACCCAUAUGCUGGACUUUGAAUCCUAGUACCUCAUUUUAUGAGAGACAUAUGCCCUGGAAUUCUUCCAUUUUGUUACUGAUGCGUUGUAGUCGGUGGAACUUGUUACAAAACACAUUAAAUUUUCUUUUACAUACAA